GCUCAGCGCGAUGGAGUACGAGGGCAGGACCAGUACUAAAUGUAAAGAUCCAGCAGAACUUUCUAACUCAAGUCAAAGAAUCAAGAAAUUCAGAGAAUGAUCAGAGCAGCGAGUGCGAGUGGAUGGAUGCUGCAUCAUAUCUAGAUAGACUUGGAAAAAAUAGGCCCAUGUCUUUACUGUUUUGAACAGGAGAACUGGUGGACUUUUCAGCGAGAGACAUGAUCCCCCCUUGUAGUUCUAGUAGCCCUCGUCGCAGUAUCAUACCAAAAAGAUAUCUUGUUCUUCAUAUUCGAAAAGAUGUCUUGUUCUUCUUCAUAUUCGAAAAGAUAUCUUGUUCUUCAUAUUUGUAAGGCAGAGAAACAUAUAAGUAAAAAAGUUGUAGAAAUUCCGCUUGGAAGUACUUCGUUCUAGUGAAGACAUUAUAUCCAAAUCCAUCGCAACAAAAGCACAUAAACGACCCAGCUCUUUUGCUUUUCAUUCUCUCAAAAAUGUUCUCUUCAACAUAUCAUCGCUCAUUAUUCUUGUUCAUUCUCGACUUUGUCUCGGAUAGAUUCUUAACACUAUAAGUUCUUCUACAACUACCCCUUCGACAUAUUCUAUCGCAAAACAAGUACUAUGAUUCCACCAAAAGGAGGUCUACGUGCCAGCAAUAUCCCUAACGCUCUUCGCGCCGGAGCCAGUACAGUAUCUUUCUGCCGUGAUAUUGGGUCUCAUAGUGGUACUUCCGGAGGAGGGACAAGUGAGUCAUCAACAAGUAAUACAUCUUCAAGAACAACUAGUACAACCUCAACAAGCACGACCGCCGAAUGCAAUAACAUCUAUAUCCACAAGAUGUCACACAGUUACACUGGAGGAGGCGCGGAUGCUGCCGCAACUUCUAGUACCAGCAUUUUGGAAGAAGGCCUAAGCCGUCAAUAUGGCAAACUUCUGCGGAUGCAGAGAGACGGGGUCCGGACAGCGGAGAGCGCUGUCCCACUUUUGGCUGCUGGUGCACGGCUGACUGCUCAUUUCAUAACCGGCGUGGCUGGUGAUCUGUUGAACACAGAACAUCAAAGUGGCACUGGCACUUCUGGAGAUCAAGAUCAGGUUGACAGUGCAAGUAGAAGGCGAGCUUCUUCUUCUGGUGCUUCUUCUUCGUAUUCCAGUGGUAGUGGAGGUGGACGGCUUCAGGAUCAUCAAACAAGGGCUGGUGUCCCACCACCAGAUGCCCCAGUAACUCAGUCUUUGACAGCGAAGUUUCGGGACUUCUGUCUAGAACAUACGGACAAAUUCGAAGCGAGUGCGAUGCAGAAGUUGCAGCAAUCCAAGAUAGACUUGACCACAAAGUUGAGGGACAACCACCACCUGGACCAGAACGACGACGCUUCUGCUUCGGGUCUGCCUGAAUUUGCGCAGAAUGAUCCUGGAUUUCAAGCUGUUUUCCGGAUAUUCGACGGUCUUCCUAGAUUCAUCGGACCCUUGAGGGAGCAUCGCUCACCAGGAAAAUUGAAUGCUGCUCUGCUUCACUUUGUAGACCUACAGAAACACUUUUUGAGACGCGGCUUUGAGCCUCCAGCUGAGGCACCAAGUGCGAUCGAUACUCUGAUUCGCAAGAUGCUGUUAGGGACGUCGGAUGCUCUGGGAGGUAGUGCGGCUUCGAAUGCUGGCGCAGUACAGAAUGAAGAUCUUGCUCAGCAGGGGAGGACAACUACUCAGCCCACGACUCGAGCAUCAACAACAUCGUCUUCUAGUACUUCUUACACUCCAAACCCACAAUAUCACAACGACGCCAAUCUUGAUCCUGAUACCAACUCGAACUCCACUUCAUCGUCACUUCAACCCGAACAAAUCCGCAACAUGUAUCGCAGUAUGAUAUACUGCAAGUGCAUUUACAAAGCCUGUUUGGUUGACAUCAGUGACCUCGCACGAACCAGUGAAACUCGAUUCGAGGACUAUCUGAACCGUGAAGCAGUAAGAAUGGAGCGUUGGGGAUAUUGGUCGACGAACAACGGCCCUGGUGAGGUUGAGGAAGGUGGAGAUGAAAGAAGUUCAAGCUCUACUUUUACCACUAGGUGGAGCUCCUCGACAACUACGUCAACUUCAACACCGAACAAUGUUGAAGAUUUUUCGUCAUUUUUUGUGAACAUUCCAGCAUCAUCGUUACAGUCUUCAGCGAAUAGUCCUCACCAGCAAAGAAGUGCUUCAACAUCCUUCACCAGACAGGCAUCCUCGUCUGGCACUAAGCUGCGCAUGGAAGUAGCUUUCUGUGAGCUCAACUCCAAGCCUUUUCAUCCAGCGUGCGCUGUUCUAAUAGACCACGCCGAUCGCGCAGUUGUAGUCGUCAUUCGCGGAACUCUGAGUGCUAAUGACUUACUAACAGACUUGGUUUCGGAUGCGCAGCGGGUGGAAGCUAGGCAUUUUCCGAUCUUUGUUGACCAAGUCGAAGCUAGGGAGGGUUUCUAUGGAACUAGGCCACAAAUUCUAGAUCCUGAAGGUGCUUCAUCUGAAAACCUCCAGGAUGCAGAUGCACACGUUGAAAAUCAAGAUGUAUACUACGUUCAUGAAGGAAUGUUCCACUCGGCACAAAACCUAUCAAAAAUGCUUGGAAAACCAGUGCUGAAAUGUCUGAGGAAGCUGAAUCAAGACUGUACUUCUAGUACUAGUCUUAGUGAACAAGCAUUUUCCGAUACCAAGGAAAGAUCAUCCUCUCCAGAAAAAAGGAGAAAAGUCGAAGAACAAGAACAUAACGAAGAACAAGAACAUAACGAUCAAGGUAGGAGCUCAUCAGCUACAUCAACAUCAACUAGAGCUGCCAGUAGAACAAGGCUCCCCUACAAGCUCGUGAUCACAGGACACAGUCUCGGAGCUGGAACUGCUGCUUUGCUUUAUGCCAUGUGGGACCGAUCAGAGGCUUUUCGGGACAUUGAAAUGCACGGCUACUCUCAUGGCGUUCCGCCUGUCUGCAGUCGGAAUCUGGCUUUCAAUGUACAACCAGGAACAAAAAUUGGUAGUGGAGGAAAGCAAGGCAGAGGAGCUAUUCAAGAUGGUCCUCUUGGUGGUGAAGGCGGUGGACGAGCUGAUGCUCUUGGCUCUUCUUCAGAACAAAACCCACCUCCGAGCACUGGCACUGCCUCGAAGAUACGAAACAACAAAAACGACCCGCCAACGCUUCAUAUUUUCUCCAGUACCGCUUUAGGUUGGGACGUCGUCUGCCGGUUGUCACAAUGCGCCUUGCUGAAUCUACGACACUGUGUCGACGAAUUGUGCGACAUUCGUCAACGAGAAGACAAUGGCACGCCAGCUGCUUUGCGAGACGACCUUCUCCAACGUGGCAUCUGGGAAACGCUUCAAGCUGUGCGGCUCUCAAGAACGGCAUUGGAGGAAGAGGGUGGCAUUGAAGCUCAAAUGCUACCGCCAGGAGGGAAAAUAUUCUUCAUGCCGGAUAGGUCCAAGAUGUUGCGCGCGUUUGGGGAAUCGUCGAAUGAGGAAGACCACGCAGCUGCUGGUAAUAGUCCUAGUAUAGUUAAGGCUACCCCUAAUCCAUCUCUAUAGGAAUCCCUCAACAAUAUGCAUCCCCAUACAAGGGGAAUACUGUGGCAUAUUGUUGAGGGAUGGCCACAGGGAUGAAUUAGCGAGAGCUCUAAUAUAGUACAGGAGAGUUCGCCACAACUUGGUGAAGGUAGUUGUGGCGCAGAUGAACCUCCUGCCGGUCAAAAUGAAACGGCAACGGCAAGUAGUGCUGCUUCAUCUUUCUCUUUCCCAAACUUUUUCGCAGCAUUUGCUCCACCACCCACAGCUGCUGAAGCAAAUGCAACUACAUCGGCAGCACACGGACAAGCAUCUCGACAAAAUUAUAGUACUGAAGAACAACAACAAUCCGCUACCGCGACACCGCCAUACCUGUGGAAGGAUUCCAAAUUUUUUGAUCAGAUUGUACUAAGUGGGUCGAUGUUCCGCAUUCAUAUGCCAGAGCAAUAUGAACGAGCUCUGCGAACGGUCCUGAAAGAAGAACAUGGACAUACGGUGUUUACAAGAAGGCACUGAAGCGAUAGGAUGGACACAAGAACAAGUAAAAAUUGCUGUACUAUUAAGUACUACCAUGAGCCAUAACCAUUACCAUUUUUCUUGAAGACAUUGUUGUUGAGUUACCGCUUGUUUAGUAGUCCCCAUCGAUUGAUCACUAUCUCAUUGACACGAUCGCGACCACUACAUAUGAAAUAACCAUGCCUGUGGAAGAUGUUAUCAUUUGGAUGCCACGACCCGCCGCAGCCGUGGCAGGAGGCGUGGCCGCAGCACCAUUUAUUCUUCUUUCAUCGACGAAUUUACACAUCAUUUAUACUUAGAAGUUCUUUUCUUCACGCAAGAAAAGCUGUAGCGCGCUUUGUACAGCCAUGGUUUAUCGACUUUUUACAUGAGAAAAAAAAAAAUUUUCGUCCACGGCCACCAUGAUGUGACUAAUAGUCAAACAGAAACCGCACUACAACCGGAGCACUUCGACUAGUUGUACCGCCCAUGCGAAGCCACACUUUUCUCAUUCUCUUCAACAUCACUUUCAUGCUUUCAGGUCCUCACCGACUCGCUUGGCAAAGUCAACCGUUUCCCU